AUGAGAUCUCUCACAUCAGUCAAGCGCCUCUCUUUAUGUUUAUACGGGUCAAUGCUUCAGCAUCGUAUUGACUUUUGUCAGCUUGUUCACCUAGAGCUAUGUGGAGGUGGCCCAAAAUGGUGGAAUUUACUUAAUUGGAUGCUCAAAAGUUCUCCUAAAUUACAAGUUCUCAAGCUCAACAAGUGUAAGGAACGCUGGUUUUGUUCCAUAGAGCCUAAUAUUGAAGAUCGUUGGGUACAACCGAGUUCUGUUCCUGAAUGCUUGUUGUUCCAUCUCAACACUUUCGUGUGGAAGUACUACAAUGGAAGAGAGGAAGAGAAGAAACUGAUGACGUACAUCCUUAGGAACGCAAGGUGUUUGAAGACUGCGACUUUCUCUGCUUUGGAAUUUGAAUCGAAGGAAAAGGCAACUAGGAAACUCAAAGAGUUGGUUUCUCUUCCUAGAGCUUCAAGUUCAUGUAAACUUAUUUUGGUUUGA